AUGAAUGGGCGUGGGACUGAAGUACAAACCGAGCGCACAUCCCCUCCGUCUGCUCCUUUCGGAUACUCCUUUCUCGCCCCAAUGGAUACCCCCUUUGAACAGGCACCUGCUUUGCCACCAGGGCCUUCUCUUCUUGAUGAUAACGAAUCCAACAUGCUCGACAACUUCUUUACUACUAUGAACGCAAACCACUUUACGAACGAUUUUUGGAUGCGACAAGAACAUAAACCCGGGGUACCCGACUUUGACUGGUCAGCUGAGCUCCCACCCAACUUCGAGGGCUCAACCACCUCCCUAUCACAACCUUCAUUUCAGCAACACGGGCUUGGCAAAGCAGCCGGAACAAUGAUGACAAGCAACCCCACAAGCUCAGAUAUAUUCGCCGCAGCUUCCAUGCUUUACCACACUGGUCUGAACGGAUCAGAGUUAGGAUCCACGUUAGCACAUCAGGCUUUCCCAGGACAGCCUCUCCCCACUCCUGGCAUACAACGAACCAACACUUCACAUACCGGCAAUACCCCACGCGGGUCAACUUCAUCUCCACCCCGGGCUGAUGUCCCGGCUGGAUAUCAUACAUCAGAGAUGUUUUUUGACGUCCGUGACCCCAUUCCUAUGCCAGUUUCAUGGACCAAGGCUAUCUUCGCCCCCCCUGACCAGCCCGACGAAGAACAGCGGACAAAUGACCUGCUUGAUCAUCUCGGAUGUUUUGAACGCCAAAGCAGUGCGGCAAACACACGAGCACCAACCCCAGAGUGCAUGACCGGUGCUCCUUCUCAACAGCCCGCCUUCCGAAGUAGUGCUGUCCUGGAUGAGAGCUUACAUCCUCGAAAAAGGCAAAGAGCUAUGAAAGAGGAGGUCGAUGAAUAUUCUGAUGAUGAUGAUGCACGACCUCACUCAAGAAAAUCUAGAGGAUCGAUCAGCAGAGCUCGACGGGUGUCAACGGACAUAUCGCGAAAAGCCCGACUUCAGCCCGGGUCCAAAGCUGCACGAGAAAAUCUUACGGAAGAGCAAAAGCGCACCAACCAUAUUCUUUCGGAGCAGAAACGCCGAAAUCUCAUUCGCCAAGGCUUUGAAGACUUGUGUACACUAGUCCCUGCGCUCCGAGGUGGUGGGUUCAGCAAAAGUGCUAUGCUCACUGGAGCCGCUGACUGGCUUGAAGACCUUCUCCGAGGUAAUGACAUACUCCAAGGCCAACUGCAUGACCUGAAGGGCAUCAACGGUUUGGUGAUGCCGCGAUAA